GAUGCUGGAUCUCUCCGGAAACGACAUAAGAUUAACCAAUUUUGUAAAUCUCCUACCUAACAGCUUAUACUUUCUUGAUCUUUAUAACAAUUCAAUUGAAACUUUGGAUUUAAGCGAAAGAAGCAACAAAUUGUUUGCAUUAAACUUGAAUAACAAUCGUUUUUAUUCCAUUAGAGAUAGGGUCGCUUGGAAAAGUGGUCUAUCAGUGGUUGAUUUGAAAGAUCUACAAUAUCUUUCGGUUUCCGAAAACCAGAUUAAUAAUAUCGAACCAAAUGCAUUUCAAGAUAAUAACGAACUAAUAUUCUUAAAUUUAUCAUCAAACUACAUAAAUUAUUUACAUCCAAACACAUUUUCAAAUUUGCAGUAUUUAAAAACGCUCGAUUUAAGUAACAACAAACUUAAACAAAUUCUGCAAAUGCCGAAAUUGACAAAAUUGUUAAUGGGAAAGAAUCAAAUUGAUGAGAUCGAUGUUGAUGCAUUCGCUUCUUUUUCUAUUUUAGAAGAAUUAGAUCUGUCGACGAAUAUGUUAAGUUCUCUGCCGGAAGGAUGGGCAGAAUCCCUUGUAUCUCUAAAAUAUUUGGAUUUGAGUAAUAAUAAAUUUACUUCAUUGGAGUCUUUGUCGCUAACCAGUGCGUUGCCAAUAACAGAAAUAUAUUUAAUGAUGAAUCCAUUAAAAUAUCUGAAUGUAAGAUAUUUUGAAGACUUACCACAGAAUCUUACUAUCCACUUAAUGAACUAGUUAGUUUAUAAAAGUUUCGGAUAUUGAUAGCAACGAAUGAUAAUGAAUUCUGAAUGAUUAAAAUUUUAAUUCUGUAUACAUAAAAAAUUGUUGUGUUUAUGUAUUGGAAAUAAUAUGUAGAUAUGUAAUUAAAAUAUAGAACUUUAAUAGUGUAAGAUUUUUCAAUAUGCAACUGAAAUUAAAUUAUCGACUUAAGCAGUUUAUAAACUUUUACUACAUUUGUAUGAAAUUAUUCUUAUUAUUGUUAAUAAUAAUGAGUUAUUCGACUUUUGAAUAAUUAUUUGUACUUACUAAUUACAUAUUGGAAGAUUUUUAACUAUAUCAUGUAGUAUGGAAAUGUUAUAUAUUAUAGAAUAUAUAAUAAAUGAGAACAGUUUAAAAAAC